AUGCCUCCAAUUGCCAAGCUUUUCAUCUUCCUACUCAUACUCGCAUCUUCAUACUCUGCCAUUACGACCGAAGCUGGCCGAGCCAUAUCAGACCACAACCCAGCGAGCCUCGCGGCUCGGCUGAAGGUGGCGGAGAAUGGGUCGGACUCAUCGCACUGCUGGGAGUCGAUGUUCCAGCUACAGGCCUGUACCAGCGAGGUGAUCCUGUUCUUCCUCAACGGAGAGACCUACUUGGGUCCUGGUUGUUGCCAAGCCAUUAGGACCAUCGAGCACCAGUGCUGGCCCAACCUGUUGUCUUCGCUAGGGUACACAACUGAAGAGGGCGACAUCCUUGAGGGCUACUGCGAUGCCGCCGAAACCCUGGACCCGCCGCCGGCGCCGGUGGUACCUAAUAAGGGCGUUCCAAACAUUGGAGGGUGA